CCCUCUCGAAUGCCUCUCGCAGUGUGUCUAUGUGGAGGUCCCUUGUGCUGCAGCGUAUACACGCGCCGCGCAGCAGUGCGUUGUCCCGAGCGUGUUCGAGAGAUCGUCGAUUCCCUUGCCGUGGCAGUUGUGUGCCGUCUGUCGGUAGGUUCUGUUCGUGCGGUUGACGCAGGGUACGGAUUUGUGAACGUCGCGUUUUCUGUGCGCGCCCGACGGUGUAAGCAACAAAAAGCGAGAUAGGAAAGAAGAAUAAGCGAGUACCAAAACACGAUUUCAGCUAGCUCUAAACGAUGCGCCAAUCUCACCGGGAGCACGUGAGAUUUGAUUUGUUAGAAUAAAGCAAGAGCAGCAACACAAGAUAAGCUCAGUGGAUAAGUGGAAGAGUUUCUUGCGAAAAUGUGCUCUUACUUACGAAGCGGGAAGCGGUGAAGAGGAGUGAAGAAGCUGCAUGCACAGCAAAUCAACCAUUGAUAACGUUCAUCUUUGCUGCUAAAAGAAGAGCCGUUGAAGUGAUUUGCUCGCAGCCGUGUGUGUGUGUCUGUGCGUGCGCGUGUUUGUGUGUAGCGAAACGAAGCAACGAAGAAUUAGCGCGAGUGCUGGGUCUGUGUGAAGGGAAGAGACGGCAAAGGGAAUGAUCUUAAGCAUCGUAAGAUUUUCUUCACCUUUGCCUGCGUCUCAAGUGUGGCCGCGAGCAGCAUAGAAACGCGAAAUUCUCAAAGCAAAGUCGAGCGAUGAGUGGAAAAUUGCAGCAUCCAGCGGCGGUUGUGUGUGUGUGUUUCUGUACGGUGAAGGAAGAUCGUUCUGAUCGUCUGCCCAUGGGCCAUGCAAGCUAAGCAUCGGAGUGUGCAAGUGUCCGUGUGUUUGCAUUGCCAUCUACGUGUUUGUGUUUGUUUUUGUUUUUUUGCUGCUAAUGAUUUUUUGCACCAUUUUGAAUGCUCCGUGUGAAUGAUGCGAUAAGAGUGACGGGCCAAGUGUUGGAAAGAAGAAUUUUAGGAUUUUUUUAAAAGAAAAAUUCCAAACACAUACACACGCACACGCAUCGUGUUUCGUGAGAGCGGCCUGCCGAAGGUCGAGCCAAGCCGUAAAGGAUACGUCUAUCCCAUGUCAGCAGUGAACCUGUAGAAUUCUGCCGCUAUUUGUCGUCGAUGUUGCUGCUAGCGAAGAGCAUCAACCCGCCAACAACCGAGCCGGUGCGAUGAGCCAGCUGCCGCCUUCCGAUGCUUCGUUCGAGAAACAGCAGCAGCAACGACCGCAGCCUCACGUCUGAAGGAUUGCUUCAACCACAACCAUAAGGCCGCACACGCACAUACGCCGCGGAAUUCGCUGCAGUGCAGCAGCAGCAUUUCCCCCUUUUGCCGAUUAGGUGUAUCAAUUUGGCGUUCAAGCCUCCCUCCCCCCCUCUAAUUGUGUGAUAAUCACACACACACUUAUAUACACCGGUCAGCCAUACAGGCACGCAAGCAGGCACCAGCAUGUCGCACCGAAUGUCACCCAAGACGCGGGUCGUGUUCAAGUUCAUCUUCGGCCUCGGCAUCUGGUCGUUUCUGGUGCUGGGCUUCUUCAAGCUGAACGGCGACCCGGUGAUGCCGCACCAGUUCCAGCAGUCGCCCAUCAACGGCCGGCUGCUGCUGAACAAGGACAACCGAUGGACCGGAAAUGAGGCCACCUCGACCACCACCGACCGCUACCUGUCGCCGGCCGGGCUCGCGGGCGCAAUGGCCGGCGUGGACGAGGUGCUCGUCGAUAAUCGUGCUGUGAUCGAUGAUGAGCAGCUGGUGCGGGACGUGGAAUCACGGCUACCCUCCCUGCCGAUCGCGUACUGGAGCAAGCACAAGAACGUGGUGCAGAAGAAGGCAUCCUGUGCCCGCUACCCGUCCAUCUUCGAGCUCGAGUUCAACAACAUCUACUGGCAGACGCUGCGCAGCACGAACGGCACGUUCCAGUUGUUCGGUGCGUACUACGACAUCCGGAAGCGGUCGCGCAUCGGGCCGGCGGUCCGCAUCCUCGGCAUGAUCGACCGGAUCGAGCCGCGGGUCAAAACGUUCUGCCAGCUGUGGUUCGACGGCCAGAAGGAACCGUUCAUCGUGAAAACGUUCGAGUACAAGUACAUCUGGUUCAACAAGUGGGGCAACUACAAGCAGGGCAUCUACCAGCCGUACCUGAUCGCCUGCCAGAUCCCGAAACCGUUCCGCGGGCUGGUGCCGGCGUCGGUUUCGCUGGUGGAGAAGCAGUGCGACACGGCGACCAACAAUCUGCGCGUGCUGUACAAUCGGCCGCUGGACGACGAGAAGCGCGGCUUUGCCGUGUGCGUCAAAGGGCUGGACUUUCUGUACGACGAUCUGUCCGUGCGGUUGGUCGAGUGGAUCGAGCUGCUCGGCAUGCUCGGUGCGGACAAGGUGUUCUUCUACGAGCUGCAGGUGCAUCCCAACAUUUCCAAGGUGCUGCGGUACUACGAGGAGCAGGACCGGGUGCACGUCACGCCGCUGACGCUGCCGGGCGGGCAGCCCAACGUGCCCGGCUUCCAGCAUCUGUUUCUGUCGAAGAAAACGACCCACAAGCGGCAGAACGAGCUGAUCCCGUACAACGACUGUCUGUACAAGAACAUGUACAAGUACAACUUUAUCGCGCUGCUCGACAUUGACGAGGUGAUCAUGCCCCGCCGGCCGGAGGAUCGCACCUGGCACGACCUGAUGGAGCGGGUCGUCGCGAAGGGCAUGAAGCUGAAGAACGACACCUACCCGAGCUACAACGUGCGGAACGUGUACUUCUUCGACCGGGGCGACCAGCACGAGCACGACUGGGCGAAGGAUACGCCGCGCUACAUGCACAUGCUGCAGCACGUGACGCGCGCCAAGAACUACACCAAGCCGAACCAGUACGUCAAGUGUUUCCACAAUCCGGAGCGCGUGCUGACGCUGCACAAUCACUUCCCGAUCGCCUGUCUCGGCGGCACCUGCCACUCCUACCCGGUGUCGACGGAUGACGCCCAGCUGCAGCACUACCGGGCCGACUGUGUGCGUACGCUCAAGAAGAGCUGCGAGGAGUUCAAGGAGAACCAGGUCCGGGAUACCACGAUCUGGAAGUACAAGGACGAGCUGAUACAGCGCACGCGCCGCACGCUCGAUGUGCUCGGGUUCUUCAAGCCGUCCACGGCGGGGGGCGGUGGCGGAGGUGGGUCGCUGUUGCGCGGUGGCAAGGACUCGCUCUACAAGCGGUGACUGUUGGCACGGGUCCGCAGUCUGUUCAGUCUCUAGUAGCAGCGCGAACUGUGAGCGGUUUUGUGGCGCAUACACACCACUGUUACUAGUACUUUCCUAGUGUCACUACUAUUACAAUUACUACUACUACUACUUCGACUACUACCAGUACGAACGUAAGGCUUUUAGGUUAGGUAGGAACGAGAUCGAGUUCGUGCGGAGAAGCAGGCGCAAUUGUAUAAAGUGAAUACUCCAUUCGAGGGAACGGUGGGUUCGUAGUGAGAGGGAUAGUAACUAUUGUAAGUGCUCCAGAAGAAUCGUCGGGGCGUGUUCUGACAGUUCGAACCUGUUCAGAAACAAAACAGUAGCCAGAGACUGUUCGAAACGGGUUGAACCUAUGAGGCCUUCCCGCUAAACCUGCCUGGCUCGGACUGUAUGAGUGUAUGUUUGUUGUGAGCGUUCUCGUGUGUGUGUGUGUAUAACCUGUGUGAUCACGUAGCUAAGUAGGUUUGUGAUAGUCACACUGUCAUCGUCUGUUCGAUCGUCCGGGGGAAUGAAAGAGCUUGUAUGGAUGAGUAUUGCGUGGUUGCGAACUGUACAAAGUAAUAUCAGUAUGGAUGAGUGUAGCACAGUACCAGAGGACUACGAGUUAGCAAACGGACUGGAGUCUCAUUCCAGGUUCCUCACCACCAGAGGGAGGGUCUCUCCUACUUCAUUUCGAUGCGGCUCGCUUAAAAAAACAAACCCAGAUUAUUCACAGUAGGCUGGUGCUAGUUGUGACAAGGAGAUUUCCUUCUUACCCGUACUAUGGCACCGUCGAAGCCUGCUUUGCUCUACCCAGUAGCUUCGUUAAACGCGCCCAUUGCCGGUGAUACGAUUUGGGCAGGCGGCAGUAAAACCCUUCCACAGCAUCACCCAGUUCACUGAAUCGAUUCACUCACCCGCACUAGAGCGCGGUGCACGUUAAAGCAUACACACACAGGAGCGCACUUUCGCUCGCGCUUCGUUAACUCCUUUUGCCUCGUUGUUCUAUUUAUAAAGGCUACACAUAAAUAAAUAUACACAUACGAAGUAAGUAAGUAAGCAAGAACAAGGUACAGGGACGCAGGGGCACGUGGUUCAGCGUGGUCCCGAUCACCCGAAACGGGAUGAAAGGCAAUGUUGGGGAUACCGGCUGCUGUCUACUACACCACGCCGGCUAGAGUAAUACACGGUGUGUACGGUGUCGGUGCUGUUUUCCGGGUUUAUUGGGGUGUGAAUAAGCGCUACCGAACCGUUGAGAUUGUUGUAUAAAAAAAAACUGCAUACUAGGUAAUACGGUAAAAAUGGGGUGAAAAAAAAACCGCCCAAUAGUGGAUUCGAGGCGCAAAAUGUGACAAUGUUACGCACGCACAUAUUAGCUAGGAAUUUUGUUAAUUAGGUACUACUAUUGAUGCUAUUGAAAAACAAAGCAGCACACUAAUGGCUCUGAUCGAAUACCUUUGUACAUAUGAAAGACUGAAUUCGAGAGGUUAAUCGGCACGCGGUGAAAUGGGUGCGAAAUCAAGGAACGGGCAAAUAUCCCCCUGGUUGUAUGCAAUCUGCAGCACAUUAGGCUCCCAAUACGGGGCAGUUCAUUCUGAUUUAGCGUGCUGUUAAAUAAUUGUUAAACCAGGAAAGUGGCAAUGAUUUCCGAUAAAACAGCAAGAAAAGGAGAAGGCACAUGAAAAAGAAAAAAAGACAGUUACGUAUUUAAAAAAAAAAACGAAUCACGUUCAAGGCACGACGCUGAUGGACGCUGUAGAUGGAGUUUGUUAUUUAUUAUGUGAAUGUGGGAAUGUACAUUCCUCCAACUUAGCUGUUUAUUUCUUUCGUUUAAGUACGUGUAGCUGUCUCAUUUACUACUGUCGUGGUGGUGGUGUCGUUUGCAUGUGUAAUAGAAGAUCAAGGAUUAAGCCGUUAGUCGCCCACACACCGAUCCCGAUCUGACAUCACUAAAUGGGCAGUAAAUGCGGCGUAACGUGAAUCUCGUCGCUUCCGUUACCAGCCAGUCAGUCAGUCAGUCCUUACCAGUCCUUUCCUUUGUUUUCUUUUAUGAUUUCCCCCACCAUGAGCUGUGCAUAGUUGGAAAGAGGGAUAGGGGGAAAUGCGGCAAAGGAAUAAUGCGAACUUUAAAAAGAUUUCCUACCUAGAGAAGAUUGUUAAGCAUUGUUUGCGGAGUGGUACCGCCCGGGCGCACACCGGUAGACCUCCCGAUUGGCGCCAGUAAUGGGUGGCUUAUUGUUAGUGGAAGGUGUUACUAAACACACGGUUGAAGGGCGCAUCGAAUGCGACAUAUAUAGUGUGACAACGCGUUGGGAAGAGAAGAGACAGAGACAGAGCAGCAGAAACUGCCCUACGGUUCGGACUGGAGUUCGUUGCGGGUCUAAAAGUUCCUCGCACGGAAGUCUCCGGGACAGGAGUAUGAUGGUAGCGGGGUAUACCCGGGGUGUGAGGUACGUUUGUGAAGCAUAUCCUUAGGCGCGAAAGCAGUCAUUUACUUGUAAAAGCUAACGUAAACAGUAAUCUAGGCAAUUGGGACCGAAUCAUCACCGGAGUUGAGUGGCCGGCAAAUCCACCAAGUGUAUUGUGAGUGAUCUGAAUCAAUAGAAGAAGAAGAAGAAGAAGA